AUGCUUUCGUUCAUCUGCACCUUGUUAUUGCCGGCGAUGACCGGGGAACGAUGUUACCGCCGCAAGAAUAUGGUGGAAGACGCCUCGAGGCCCUCACCGGCCAGUUUUCCGGCCUCUUUGGAAAUUGAUUACUUCUCCCAGGCGAGGAAAGCGCUCAGCGAGCGUUGUCCUUUCGAUGUUGCCGAGGAGACCUCGACUUCUGCUGCUGUUACUCUGCCGAGUGGGUUAGCAAGUUUGUUGAGCCGCCACGGGGAUAACCGGAAGCGGCAAAAGAAGUCUCAUUCCGGUGGCGGUGAUAAGAAGAAGAAAUCCUCUAGACCUGGCGAGAAGUUGCGCGGUUUUGAUGUUUGGGUUGAGACGGAGGAGUGUUUUAGGGACUUGAACUUGUCUGAUAUUGACACGUUAUUGGAAGCUUCUACUUCUUAUAGUUUAGCUUCUCGUGAGUGCUAUACAAUUCCGCCUUUGGGAAAUUCUCCAAGGUUUAAUAUAGUUAGUAGUGAGGAUGAGAAGAAGUCUGUUUCAUUAUUCAAUGUAGUUAGUAGUGAGAAUGAGAAGAAUGUUGUUGAAGAGAUAAACAAGGAGAAUGGUCCCUUGGGAAUUGAGUUAAGUGACGUAGUUGAAUUGGAAAAAGCUUUGCCUAAUGAUGACAAGAAUUGUGAUGCUUCUGAUUCCUGUGAUAGUUUAGAGUGGUUUUUAGGUAGUAGGAAUAGGAUUUUUUUAGCUUCUGAGCGUCCAUCCAAGAAAAGGAAGCUUUUGGGUGGUGAUGCUGGUUUGGAGAAGGUUUUGAUGACUAGUUCUUGUCAUGGGGACCAACCUUGUUGUCAUUAUUGUGGCAGAGGAGAUUCUGGCACGGAUUCAAACAGGUUAAUAGUCUGCGCUUUUUGUAAAGUUGCAGUUCAUUGGAAGUGCUAUGGUAUACAUGAUGAUGUAGAUGAGUCUUGGUUGUGCUCUUGGUGUAAGCAAAAGGGUGAUGUUGAUGAUUCGGUGAGUCCAUGUGUUCUUUGCUCAAAGAAGGGCGGUGCUUUAAAACCAGUUAAUAGUGUUGAUGAAGCUGUUGAGUCUGCCCAGUUUGUGCACCUGUAUUGUUGUCUGUGGAUGCCGGAGGUUUACAUUGAUGAUUUGAAGAAGAUGGAGCCUGUUAUGAAUCUGGGAGGUAUCAAGGAAACCAGAAGAAAAUUGGUGUGUAAUGUUUGCAAAUUAAAAUGCGGCGCGUGUGUUCGGUGCAGUCAUGGAUCAUGCAGAACUUCUUUUCAUCCUUUAUGUGCAAGGGAAGCUAGACAUAGAAUGGAGGUUUGGGCAAAGUACGGUAAUGAUAAUAUUGAGUUGCGGGCUUUUUGCUUGAAACACUCAGAUCUACAAGAGAACAGAAGCAUCUUGCCAUUGGGAGGCUCUAUUGCAGUUGGCAAUGAAUUUCCAGAAGCUAAUAACCUUCCAGUGACGUUGCCAGUAAAGAGUGAACACAAUGUAAAAAGUGGUUGCAGAAAUGGAGGGUUGGAAUCUGAUACCAAUCCAAACGUUUUGAACCAUAAUGAACCUCCUGACGGAGGAUUGUCUGUCUGCACGGAUAGUGCGCGAAAUAUGUUGGGAUGUGGCGCUGUGCCACCACAUAAUAUUGAGGUGGCAGGGAGAACCAACGGGAAUGUUAAUGCCUCUGAUUCCCCCAGUUUUGCACUUGUUUUGAAAAAGUUGAUUGAGAGAGGGAAGGUUGAUGUAAACGAAGUAGCAUUGGAGAUUGGCAUUUCACCAGAUACAUUAACUGCAAAUAUCAAUUUGCAGGAAGCUUAUAUGGCCUCUGAUGUGCAACACAAAAUAGUCAAUUGGCUAAAAGCCCAUGUGUAUACUGGAGCAUUUCACAAAGGCUUGCCAAAUCCGGUUGCUGUUAAUGUUAAGUCUGUACCACCAAGGAGAAGAACUAUCAGUAACAUUAGGAUUUUGAAGGAUAAUAAAGUAAUAUGUUCAUCAGAGGGGGUUACUACUAGUGAGAAUGGGGUAUCAAUUGAUAAGCUCCUAGUUCAUGAGUGUGAAAAUCCAGGAAUUUCCAACAAAGCAUCUGAUGCCACUGAAACGAACUUAACGAAGUCUGAUGAUAAAUUUCAUCAGGUUCAAGGCAAUGCUGAUGAGCCCUACAAACCCAGCUUAUCUGUAUGCGUUCCAGAACAAAAGUCUACUAAUUUGCAGAAUGCUUCCACAGUUUCUGAUCAGCACCAUCCAGCUCAUUCGGCUUCAGAACUACGUGUUCCUGGUUCCGGAAAAAUGGAAGCAAUCUCUAGUUACAUUCACCCAUACAUUAACAAGAAAUUGCUGCAGAUUCGUAAUUGCUUGGCCCCGGAGGAUCUUAUAGGUUUAAGUGGCUACAGAAAUUCUUUGGUUGAAUCCUCUGGAGCUAAUAGCCCCUCAAGUAGUGAAAAUCAGCAAUUAAUUUGCACCGACGUUUCCAACCCUGAUGAAGUAAAGAUAGAACAGUUGGUUAGGGAUAAAAAUACACAACUUUUCGAAUUUUAUUCAGAAGAUGAGUUGGAGACGGAACUUUUAUAUUUUCAGCAUAAACUGCUGCAGAGAGCAGUUGCAAAAAAGAGCCUUACUGAAAACUUAGUCUACAAUGUUGCGAAGGGGUUGCCUCAGGAGAUUGAUAAAACACAUCAACAAAGAUGGGAUGCUGUGAUUGCUAAUCAAUAUCUGCUUGAUCUUAGGGAGGCAAAGAAACUGGGUAGAAAAGAAAAAAAGCACCAGGAAGCGCAGGCAGUGUUGGCUGCUGCAACUGCAGCAGCUGCAGCAUCUUCCAGGGUAUCUUCUUUUCGUAAAGAUACCAUUGAUGAAUCUGUGCAACACGAGAAUUCAUUUAAGUUGGAUGCUUUAGGCGGGCGGACUGGUACAUGUUCUCAGCCAAUGCCACGCGCUAAAGAGACUCUUUCGAGAGUUGCUGUCACUAGAGCUUCAUCAGAAAAAUAUUCGGAUUUUUCUCUGCCAGGCUCAGAUUUUUCUAAGGAGCAACGUAAAUCAUGUGAUAUCUGCAGACGGUUUGAGAAUAUGUUAAAUCCUAUCCUAGUCUGUUCUGGUUGCAAGGUUGCGGUGCACUCUGUUUGCUAUCGUAGUGUGAAAGAAACAACAGGUCCAUGGUUCUGUGAAUUGUGUGAAGACUUGUCCAAAAGUUCUGAGGCAUCUGCUAUAAAUAGCUGGGAGAAGCCUUAUUUUAUUGCAGAAUGUGCUCUCUGUGGUGGUACUACCGGUGCUUUUAGGAAGUCUUCUGAUGGUCAAUGGGUUCAUGCCUUCUGUGCCGAGUGGCUUUUUGAGUCUACAUUCAGAAGAGGACAAAUAGAUGCGAUUGAAGGAAUGGAGACUGUGCGAAAAGGAGUUGAUAUUUGUUGUGUCUGCCACCGCAGGCAUGGUGUUUGUAUUAAAUGUUGUUAUGGUCAUUGCCUGACCACAUUCCAUCCAUCCUGUGCUAGAAGUGCUGGUUUGUUCAUGAUUGUGAGGACUGCUGGGGGCAAGAUGCAACACAAGGCUUACUGUGAAAAGCAUAGUCCAGAGCAGAGAGCAAAGUCUGAAAAUCAAAAGCAUGGAGUAGAAGAGUUAAAAAGUAUCAAGCAAAUUAGGGUUGAACUAGAGAGAUUACGUCUCCUUUGCGAAAGAAUUGUCAAACGGGAAAAGAUAAAGCGGGAGUUGGUUCUAUGCUCACAUGACAUACUUGCCUUCAAAAGAGAUCAUAUUGCUAGGUCUGUGCUUGUUCAGAGUCCUUUCGUCCUUCCAGAUGGUAGUUCAGAAUCAGCUACAACAUCCCUUAAAGCCACCACAGAGGGAUACAGAUCAUGCAGCGCGCUCCAAAGAUCAGAUGAUGUAACUGUGGAUAGUUCAGUUUCAGCUAAGCACCGUGUCAGAGUUGCCGUAUCCAUGGACACAGACCCAAAAUUGGAUGAUGACUGCUCAACCUCUCAAAGUCAAUAUAACCACCAGAUUCCAGAGAAGAUGCAAUUUUCUGGCAAACAGAUUCCUCGUAGAGCUUCUGCUACAUCACGCAAUAUCUCUGAGGAGGAUGGAUGGAGAACCAAAUCUCGAAAGUUACAGACUACUGAAACAUUUGGAAAAGAGCUUGUCAUGACGUCAGAUGAAGCAUCUAUGAAGAAUUCAAGGCUACCUAAAGGAUAUGCAUAUGUUCCCGCAGAUUGCCUUUCAAAUGGCAAGCAGUCUAAUGAAGAUGUAUAUGCUAGUAGACCAGGGGAACAUGACAGGUAG